GUCGUGUUAACGCGACACGUAGAGACAGAAUGACAUGCUGCUGGUUCGAGACGACCAACAACAGACGGAUUGGAAGCUCAUUAUGCGCAUGCGUUAAAUGCGUUAAAAAAAAUAACAAAGUUAAACCUGUAAUUUAAUUAACUGAAUUAACGCGUUAUUUUUCACAGCACUAGUAUAUAUAUAUAUAUAUAUACUGUAUUUCUUUUCUUGAUAAAAAAUAAAAAAUAUCAUCUUUGACCACAUGGGGUCGCUGUUCUACUGGUAGAUGCUUUAAAGGCGACAGAGAGGAAUCAAGGCUAAAUAAUGCUGACUGCUCACUUUUAAAUCACAGCCUUGAUCAUAUGAAAGUUGUGUGUUUGACUUCUGGUAUAAAAAAAAGUGCAGAGAUAUAGAAAAAAGUAAUGGUGAUAUCCUCCUCCCUUUCUUUGGUGAGUUAUUUUAAUAACUAAUUAUUGGACAGAUGUUGAUGCCUCUGGGUGUUCCAUUAUCUAACUUGAGGCCUGAUUAAUCUCCAGGGAGUCGACAUAAUACUGAACACACCUCACAGACCUUAUUAUUGAGGCUGUGGUUUUGCAGCACUGUUGUGAUCACAGUCUGUGACGCCGGGUUGAGUCCAUGUUCCUCUUUGCUCAAGCUUUUUAUUCAAACAUUGUGACACGCUUUACUUCCACUAAAGCACCAACUUGACGGAUCUGCCUCUUCACAACUUUAUGAACAAUGAAAACUUGUCGCACAUCACCUCUCACUAUUCUGCAGGUGAUUUUCAUGACAUUACUCACAGUUCUUGAAGCACAAGCCGACAACGUCUGGCCUGUAGUGACGGGAUACGUCGGGCACGAUGUCACCUUGCCAUGCCAAUUCAUCCCGGGGCCAAAGGUCAACAUUACUCAGGUUCAGUGGGAGCUCGAACCACCAGAUGGAAUUAAAAUCAAAGUUCUUGUUUUUAGCAGUACAUUUGGAGUUAAUAUUUCAGAACCGUUUCUAAAACGGACAGUGGAGCUUGAAGAACAAUCUUUGGUCAUUCGAAAUGUGGAAAUGGGAGAUGCGGGGUCUUACACCUGCAGCGUUGCAGCUUUCCCCAGUGGUUCACAUCAAGGAACCACCAACCUGCUUGUUAAAGAACAGAUGCCGUUAUCGUCAGGGUUGGUGUCUGCUAUCGUGAUUGUUGUCAUUGUGCUGUUAGUGAUCGUGGCGGCCAUUGUUUACAUGAUCUUCAUCAGAAGAUGUGAUCCUUCAGGCAGGCAACGUGUCGACAUUGACACAGGUGGUGCAGCGAUGUUUGUGGCCAGGCCUUCUGUUAUUGUACGAGACGAGGACGUGGUCUAUUCUGGCAUCAAGCACAAACCAUCAAGAGAUCCUGCCGUUUCCUCCAAUGAGAAACACACAGCCGAUGAUGUCAUGUACUCCGAGGUCUUCAUUUUCCAUCAGCAGCCACCUUUAGAUGAAAUGUACGUCUAAGUGAAGACGAAGUUCUCCUCACUUGCAGAGACCCUCCAGACCCUCCGUUCAUGCUCCUGCAUAUUGUGUUUAAACUGCGGCCUCACAACAGGUGAGACAGUGAAGAAGGAAACGUUGUGUUUUUCCACUAAGUCUGCAGCGCUUUCAUGAGCUGUGGUAUUUUUUUUAAACAAGAGUCUACUCUACUAUUCGUUCCGUGAGGCUCUACUUUGAGCUGAAUGGUCACGUCGGCUUGCUAAUAUGCUUACGACAUAUACAACGACAAUGCUAGCAUGCGGAUGUUUAGCAGGUUUACCGUCUUCAUCGCAUUGGUUUAACAAUUUAGCCUCCAACCGGCACUAAACACAAAAGUACUGCUGAGGAUUAUUGGGAACAUAGAAAUUUUGACCAGAUGAUUCUACUGAAUGGAGAAAAAAUUUAAUUAAAUAAACUAACUGUUAUAUAAAUAUGAA